AUGCGGCAGGAGUGGGGGUACUGUUUGCCAUUCACCAGGCCAGUCGCUCUCACCGACCUGUACCCUUCUCCGUGCAUUCUAACCGAAUGCAACUCCUACGUACACCUAGGAGCCAGUUUUGAGACGUCUCAAAGCUCGCAGAUAGAAGCCACGGAUCGCGUGUUGGAAUUCGGGAAUCUCGGCUCGCGGAAGGGAAAUCAGGCUCGGGAAGGAUUGGGUGAGGGUGAAGGAGAGUGGAGGAGCGGCGAAGAUAGGCCACCGGGUUCGAGGGACGGUGGGAUUGGACGAGGCGGCCGCGUGGUUGCUCGCUGUGCUGACAGCACAGAUGACGUGGCGAUGGCAGGAGGCGAGAGAAAAUGCAGGAAGCAUCCACACGCCCUCGCGCACGUGGCCGCGUGCGCUCUCAGGGGGCAGCCCGCCGCCCUCUACGUCCUCCACGCCCUCCGCGCCCGCACCGCUGCUCCCGCUGCUCCCACUGCUCCCACUAGCUCGCAGAAGAGAGAUCCCGCAGCGGCAGCUGCAACAGCAAGAGUGGCGCAGGCAGUGGCAAGGCAGGGGGUUGAACAAGCAGUGCUGGGGGAGGUAGUGGCGGAUGGGCACGUUUGCCGGAGACUGCACUGCCUAGCUGCACGACUGCAGGCUGCACCUGGUGUUGCGGACACAGCAGCAGCAGCGUGGGCCGUGCCACGUGUGCCUGCUGACGUGGAUUGCCAGCUGGCAAGUGUGCCGUGCCCGUUAGCUGCGUGCAGGAUGGUGCAGCAGGCGGCAGAUGCGGGCAGUGCAGGUGGUAUUGCAGGUGGUAACGCGUGUGGCGACGCUGCUGGCGGUGAUGUUGGCAGCGAUGGGGAGGAGGGUUCAGACUGGGAUUCAGAGAGCGGGGAUGUGUGGGUGGGGUGGACGGGGGGGGAGAGUGACGACGACGAGAGCGAGGGGGGCGAGGAGGGGGAAGAGCGUGCAGAGAGUGCAUUGCUUAAGAGCAGCAUUCAACACCCUCUUCCCCCUCCUCAACACCAGCAUUAUCAUGCCACUCCCAGGUCUCAGCGUGGAGAGCCAAGGCUAGAGCAGGGUAGCGCAGUGGGAGCAGGAGGGGCCGGUGCAGAGGGAGAUGACGCGGUUCUGAGGGGUUUUGGGCGGGCGUUGUCGCUGGUUCUCGCUCAGUACGAGGCCGGGGUUUCCCAACUCGCCCGGACGUGCAUUGCUGCUCUUUCUGCCUCACCACAGACACCAGCAGCAGCAGCUGACUGCCCCAGCCAUGUGCGCUCACUACUAGCAGCUGGUCCAGGCAGGGAUGCAGUAGAAGCGGCAGACGUGGCAGCACCUGGUGCGUCAGAUGCUGUGCUGCUGCUGGCCAUGCGUAGCAGGCGACUGAGAGAGCAGCUGAGGCGCCUGGUGGUGCUGCUGGGGAUGGAUCCUGGAGCGAGGGAGACAGCAGGGGGUGAGAGGAAGGGGCAUCCAUGGGAGGAGGGGGCGCUGAGGGGGAGGGAGACAGCAGGGGGUGAGAAGGAGGAUGCGUGGUCGGUGGUGUACCAGUGCCCUCAGAUGCUCAUGCCUAGCUCGUCAGAUCCAAGCAGUUCAGGCAUGCGAGGCAUGCCGCUCACUCCACCCGCUGCACACAUGCACCGCACGCCCCACACGCACCACAUAGACCGUGCUGUUGCUGCCAGCGGUGGCAGCAGAGGCCUGAGGAGCACCAUGGCUCUGGGUGACCUCUCCUCCCUGCAUCCCUCCCUCGCUGCUGCUGCUGCUGCCACUGCUGCUGCUGCUGCUGGGAGUGCUGCUGCUGCUGGGACUGCUAGCCCUGCCACCAGCGCCACCACCGCCAUCACUCGUACAGCAGCUACCUCUGCUGGACGGUUCACUCCCACUCGCACCAUCACACCUUCACGCAUGGUUACCCCGUCUCAUCUGGUUACCCCAUCCCGUCAGGUUAUCCCCUCACAUCUGGUGACCCCAUCGCCCUCAGUUACCCCAUCACAGUUCGACACACCUCGCUUCCUGUCCAACCAGGCAGCAGCAGCUGGCGACGCGUGGAGUGCAACGCUCUUCCUUCGUCCCAGAAAGAUCAACCACCUGCUGCCUUUGUUCCUCCAUCCAGUGUCACACCUCGUUGUAAGGACAGCACAGCAGCAGCACAUACUCCUCUCCGCCCCUUCCCCCACCAUUCGCCAACUCGCCUCCCGCCUUUCCUCCCUCCUUUCCGCCCUCCUCCUCCCUCACUCGCACCCCUUUCCCUCUCUGCCAACCAAUGGAAAUAAACCCCGUCACAUUCAACCAGCUCUUGCGUCUGAUUGGUCCAUCGAUUUCACCCUGGCUGGGGUUGCCCGAACCAGAGAGAUAGUCCAGCACCUGCUUGCCAAGGCUGAGCUACAGGUUCGGCAGCUUCUGGACGCCCUGGAGCCUCGGCCCGGGGCAGAAGGCGAGGCUCGGAUGGCUGAUGUGGGUGAUGUGCUGGCGGAGCAGUUAGUGGUGGCAGCAGGACCUGUGCUGCCUGCAGGGGCAGGAACGGCUGUAACGGAUAUGUGGAGAGGAACAGCUGCUGAGGGAGCGGCAGUGACAGGCAUGGAAUCAUCUGUGACAGGUGUAGCUUCAGGCGGUCAAGCAUUGGGGGGGAAGGAGGAGGAACGGGAAGGAGGGCAAGGGGGGAAGGAGCAAGGGAGGGAGCAGAUCUGCUCUGGCUGUGGCUGGUCGCAUGAGCCCUCCUGGCAUGCACCUGGUGAUGUCGUGGCAGCAGCUGAUUGGCCGUGGAAGGGCACUCACCCCGCUCCUCUAUCCAAUCUGCUUGCUGGUGUGCAAAUGCCAAGCAACGAGUCAGCACGAUCCCCCAGCAGCACUAGCCCCAACCCCACGCUGCGGCAGGCAUGGGUGGAGUGCGGUGCCAUGCUGCGCCUCACUGACCCCCGCUCUGGCCCCUCCUUCCCCUGGUCGUGGAUGGCCUGUAACGAGGAUGCUUGUAACGGGGAUGGCUCUGGUGGUGGUGCGGUGCAUGAUAGUGGGGGGCGAAAACAGAAGGGCGUUGAGGAUCAGAGGGGGAAGCACAGUGCGAGACAGAGAAGUAGGCAGAGUGGGAAGCAGGAGGGGCCAGGUAGGCAGCAGAGUGGGAUGCCUGGUGAGAAGCAGAGUGGGGAGCCGUUUGGAAGGCAGGGUGGGCGUGGAGGGGCAGCAGGGAGGGGAGGGGGGCAUGUGACGGAUGAGGAGAGGCGGCUGGAGGGCAUGGCUGUCACAGAGAUGGAUGGGAGCUUCGAUGAUGCCAUGCAUGCCCACCUGCUGCUGCCCAUCCGCGCAAGCCACGCACUUGUGAGCAGGGCAGCAGUGCGGGUGCUGUUCACAGUGGGGCGCUACAGGGACCACUGCACCGCACUGCACCGCCUCUUCCUCUCCCCCCACUCCGCCCUGCCCUCCACCCUCCUGCACGACCUUCAUGCCGUGGACUGGGCCAGCCUUCGCUCGCUCCCAGAGCAGCAGCACGCUCUCUCAUCCGCCCUGGACACCGCCAUCUCUUCUAACUGCUGCUUCCAUCCCAUCUCCCUCGCCCCUCUCACCCUACUGCAGGACUGGGCCAGCCUUCGUUCACUCCCAGAGCAGCAGCACGCCCUCUCAUCCGCCCUUGACACGGCCGUCUCGCGAGCCUGCCUCUCCUCCCUCCCCUCCUCCUCCCUCUCCCGCCUCCACGCCUUCAUCGCGCCCUCCUCCCUCUCCUCCUCCGCCCUCUCCUCCAUAUCAACACCGCCUCCUCACCCAAUGUCGCCAGGGCAGGGAGGGGGGGGAGUGGGCAGUGCGAGCAAGCAGCUGACGUGGAGCCCUUUGUCUGCCCACCGGCUGGGCGCGUUUGACUUUGUGCGGGUGGGGUACGACCCUGGCUGGCCCGCCAGCGUGGUGUUAACGCUGCCUCUGAUGCAGCAGCAUGCGGACAUGCUCAUUAAACCGCACUGCAUCUCUCUUUCCGCCCUCCACACACCCACCAUCAGGGCUGGGCGCGUUUGA